AUCUUCCAUAGCAACCAGCCAGCGAGAGAGAGAGAGAGAGAGAGAGAAGAUGGAGCUGAAAGUAUACGCGGAUCGGAUGUCUCAGCCAGCUCGAGCCGUUCUCAUCUUCUGCAAGAUGAACGGGAUCGAAUUCGAGGAGAUCAAAGUGGACUUCAUCAAACGCGAAACCGUGUCCCCUCAAUUUAAAGCCAUAAACCCUGUGGGGCAAGUGCCGGUAAUGGUGCACGGAGGCUUUAAGUUGUUUGAAAGUAAUGCAAUUCUGAAAUAUCUUGCACAUGCAUUUCCUGGAGUUGCAGAUCAUUGGUAUCCAACUGAUCUAUUCAAAAGAGCUAGGAUCGACUCAGUGUUGGAUUGGUAUCACUUGAAUUUGCGCAAUGGCAUAGUUCCACUUGUUCAAAGUACUGCUCUUGCACGUCCACUUGGUCGUGAACCAAAUCCACAGGUUGCUGCUCAAGCUGAGAGCAUUUUGCCUGCUGCUUUUGAAAUGUUUGAGACAUUUUGGCUUGAGGGAGAUGCGCCGUUUUUGCUAGGCAACACCCAACCAUCUAUAGCAGAUCUCAACCUAGUCUGUGAAAUUAUGCAACUAGAGCUUCUGGAUGAUGAGGUCCGAGAUCGAAUUCUAGGACCACACAAGAGAGUCAAGAAGUGGAUGGAAGAUACAAAGGAUGCAACAAUGCCUUAUUUUGAGGAGAUGCAUGCCCUCCUCUUUGAAACCAAAGCAAGCUGCAAAAGCAGUAGUUCUCCUAGUCUGGCAUGUAGAAAACCACCAGCAGGACCGCUUUGGCCAGAAAUAAGACAUACUGAGGCAUAAAUAUGAUGUAGUUUAGUGUAGGGUUGUGUGAUCUGUAAUAGAAGCUGCUUAUUCUCUGUUGUGAGAUUGAGAGAUGCUGUAGAAGUAGAGACUGUGUGUUGAAUAAAACCUGUAAGCUCUGGGGUUUGCUUUGAGUGUAUAGAAGCUUCUUAUACUCUGUUAUAUAUAAAUAUAAAUAUGUGUGUUAAUUAUA